GGAACCUAAAAAUGCGGAGUGUAACAGACGCAAAAUAAGGGGUGAAAAAUCAGAAAAAGCAACGGAAAGUGACACUCAACAUGGACGUGUUUUAUCUUAUUUUGAUCUUUUUCAUAGGCGGACUGUGGCAGACUGAAGCUGUGUCUCUCACUGGAGAGCUGGGGAAGGACGUCACAGUAACUUGCUCCCACACCAAUGCGUUUUCCAACAUCAAAUAUUUCUGCAAGGGCGCGUGCAACGAUGAAGACAUCUUGAUCAGCAGCAGUGUCGGGGGGGAAGAUGCAGGGGGGAAAUACAGCAUUUCAGACGAAGGAAACACGUUCCACGUGACCAUCUCUCACCUGACAGAGGAAGACUCAGGAACCUACUAUUGUGGAAUAGUCAGAGUUGGACGUGACACAUACACUAAAGUCAUCCUCACUGUCAAAAAGGAGGACACAGGUAGCGAUGAAACAAUCACCUCUUCUGGUACGAAGAUGUUGGUGUACAUUGGUGCAGGUCUCACGCUGCUUUCGCUGGUGCUAGUGAUGGCUCUGCUGAUAUUCUUUAAACAUCGAAACAGAAACAUGGGUAUUUCGUCUGGUAUAUAACAAAAAUCAAUAAUUCACAGACUAUAUGGUGUGAAUUUUAGGGAUCCCAUCGUAGAGAAUGACCAUGCAGACAACAGCAAAACAGCAAAACCUAUACAUUAACAAACUUCUGCCAAACACAUAAUGUUCGUCUUAAAGAGAUGUGGCAACCAUUCCAUAUUUUCAUUCAACACCAUUUAAUAUGACCAUGAAAAACAUGAUUUUUAAAAGUAGACUUUUAACAUGUGAGAGAAUGGGAGCGUUGACCAGAACUAUCUCCGCUUUUAGGUGAUUUUAAGAAA